AUGUGGGAGUCCUACCGGGAUCAUCUGCCGGAGGGGGACUGGCAGCAGGGACAGCGCUGCUGGCUAGAGAUCGCGGCGGACCAUUGCUGUGUGCUCAAGUACUCAUUUGUCCCAUGUUGGACGAUCGUGACUUUACAGUUUCAAGUCAACAGUAUGUUGACGAAGGUUCUUGGAGUCGAGGCAGUAAUCAGACCGGAUGGAAGUGUCUGUUGGGUGAGCGAUGUGAAUAGGAGAAUGUCAGCAUAUAUGCUGCCCCUUUACGAGCCACCGACCUCUCCAACCUGCCCGAAACCUUCAUAG